UGAAGUUUGCAUCUUCUGGAAAACCUACAUCUGUGAGACUGCUGCAAAGACUGCUCAAGACUGAUCGACCUAAACCUGAAACACCAGCUGAAAAUUGCUUCAUCAUCAUUACUGUCAUCUGACAUAAGACGCCUCAGCAGAGAGCAGCAGAGAGACGAGUGUUAUGUGUUCAGUAAUCUAACAGGAUUGUUGAUAAAAAAAGCCUGAAGGAAAAAUUUGCGUUUCAACGCCCCUAAACACUGGUCAGAAGAUUUUUGUUUCUGAGUACUGCUACAGUCUCACAACACCACACAUCUUUCGACAGAAGAUGAUGGCUGCUGAUCCAAGGCCAAUGCUCACCCCCCAGCAAGCAACCGAAGUGACUCAGCAACUUUAUGGAGUGACCGUGAGGGAGAUCACCACCCUGCCGAGUUACAUCGACCAGAACUACCUCGAGGAGGAUAAGGAGGGCUCCAAGUAUGUCCUGAAGAUCAUGAACUCAAAAGAGAGUGAGGAGACGACCGUGCUGGGGUUGCAGACCCACGCCAUGUCCUUCCUACACCAGCAUGGAAUUCCUACUCAGACAGCAAUGCCCACCACCACAGGGCAGUUAAUGAGUAUGGAGGAAAUAGACUGCGGACAAGGUGCUCAAACCUACUGUGUGAGGUUGUUGACCUACCUCCCUGGAGCGACCGUCGCAAAGUCUCCAGUCACAACUCACGAUCUUUAUAACUUGGGCAAGUUGGCUGCAACCUUGAAUAAGACGUUGCUUCAGCUGUCAUCUCCAAACCUGGAUGUGUUGCAAAGGGGCAAUAUAUUGUGGGAUAUGCAAAACGUUCCUCUGGUGGAGGGCUACCUGUCACUGAUGGAUGGAGAUCCUCUGCAGGAUGUGAUCAGAGCAGUCAUCCAACAGUUUCAAUCACAUGUGCAGCCCAAAAUCAGCAAUUUCCAAAAAGGGAUAAUACAUGGGGACCUGAGUGACCAAAACAUCAUUGUCACACCACUAACCAAUGGGCAUCAUGAGGUGUCAGGCAUCCUGGACUUUUCGAUGCUCACGAUUGGAUGCCACGUGUAUGAUCUCGCAAUAAUGAUCAUGUACAUAAUGCUGCAGAACCCCAGUCCCAUGGACGUAGGUGGCGCACUGUUAGCGGGCUGGGAGAGUGUCAUGCUGCUCAAUGAUGAUGAGAGGGAUUGCCUCUUCCUGAUGGUGCUCGGUAGGCUCUGCCAGUCUUUGGUUUACGGAAGAUACAAUGUCAGCAAAUACCCAGACAACAAGGAAUACAUAUUGACUACAGCCAAAAGUGGAACUCUGAUCUUAUACAAACUCUUGGAGCUGGGCAAGAGAGAAGUAGAGAGGAAGUGGUUCACAGACGCCAGCACAUUCAAACAAGUAAUACAUGUGUCUCUUUGAAAUAGCAUUGAGGUUAAAAUCCUUACAGUAAAAAAGAAAACAUGAGAUCUUCAACAAGUGGACAACAUUACCCUAUGUAUAGCUCCUUCUGUAACAGUUAUAAGAUUGUAUUUCUGUCAUAUUUGACAUACAAUUUUUGUAGUAUCAGGAUUCAUAAUUAGUUAGUUGUAUCUUUUUCAAACAUUGUUAAAUAAUUGACCAGUUCUUUAAAGAUCAGUGCUAGUUUAAAACCACCUCUAAUGGCACUUCAUUUGUCACUUUUAGGGACAACCUCUUUAGUCCAUCAGGAAACAUAUGGGAGACAGAAGCAAAAUGACUGAAAUCAUUGUAUUACCCUGCUUGUGGUUCUUGGUUUUCUUUAAUGCAAUAUUUUGACAAUAACAUGGUUGAUGGUUCUUUACAUCACAAAUAAAAUCUAUGAUCUCUACUUUA